CCACCGUAUUGGACAUACGAAAAAACUGGUGGGAAAAAAAUAAAAGUCUAAAUAAAUUUUUUAACUGUUUUUUGUGGAUAUAAACUUUGCUGUUUUUUAAAAGUGUUUGGAGUGUAAUAAAAAUAUUAAUUUGAAAUGCUGUUAUUUUUUAUACCAAUUUUUCUCUUCCCUUUAAUAUCACUGGCUAGGCUGGAUUGUUCAAGAAGUGAGUACGAAAGAUGCAUAAGGAUUGCCGACCCAUUGGUAAAAGAAGCCCGUUUGGUAUUUCCAGAUAAUAUGAACGAUAUAGACUUGGUUUGCAAAACUUGGAACAGUUUUGUGGACUGUUUAAAAUUCUAUACAGAAAAUUGCUUCACUGAUUUGCAAAGAAAACAAUUUAAUAGAGCAGUUGAAAGCCCUAUUGAGAGUGUACACCAAAUGUGCAUGCAGCCUAGUUAUCAAAAAGAGUACCUUCAAUAUGCAACCUGCAUAAAAAAUACAAUAAUACAAAACAUAAAUUGUGGACCACAUUAUAAUUUAUUGGUUGAGCAAGUCUCUCAAGGGGAUGUUAUAUCGAAAUCCACCCUUUGUUGUUCUCAAGAUCGUUUUAAACAGUGUGUUCAAAGAGAGACCAGAAGACAUUGCGAUAGGGGUAUGUUAGAUGGGCCUGCGUCAAAAUUUGCUGGACAGACCAUAGACAAAGCGUUGAGCUUUUUGCAGGAACAAUGUUCCAACUACAUACCUAACUCAGGAGAUUGUGCCGUUAACACUGACUCAGUGCUAUAUGCUGACCCUUUAUCCAUAUCCACAUCACCCAGUGAGGUUUACCCUUGGAGUACCGUUAAUGAUAUUCAAGGCAAAGAAGUGGCACCCUCAAGGGUACCACCUGUACCUUCAUCUACCCACACAUGGCUACCAAGCACCAUGGAUCAAAGUACUAACACCCAAGAUAUCAAAACUACUGAUAAUAUGUUAGGAAAAAGAACCCGGCCUUCUUCAUAUGGGCGUUCUAGUAGUUGGAGCGAAUCUUCGAGGGUACCAUUGAGUGGCAACACCGUACAAAUGUACCCUGAGGUACCAUCAACACCCACAUCGCGCCCAGAUUGGGCUACCGUAUCCACGUGGAACGUUAUGGGUCAAAAACCCGACCCAAGAGAUUUACCUCAGAACGAUGGCACUUUUAGAAGUACCAUGGUACAAACUAGUUCCGAGACAUGGUAUCCCGCAGCAGGGAACCAACUUAACAAUGAAGUCGAUGAACCUAACCAAUUAGGGCUUAAAAAACCACGAAAUACUUCGAGUAGUGUCAAACCGGUGACGUUAGCUGGCCUGGUAUUGUUAUUCUAUAUUUUAUUUAUGAUUUAGGAAUAAAAAAUGUGAUUUAAGUUUUUAAGCAAUAUUAUGAACAACAAAUUUAGUAUGAAAGACUGUUUUAUUUAAAAUGUUUACCAUUUACAUAAUUACAUAUACAAUUUUUAUUAUUACCAAUUUUUAAUAUGCGCACUAGUCAAUUUAAAAUAGUCAAUGUCUAUUUAUUAAAAUGUCGUAUUUUAGAGUAUUUAAAGCUUAAAAUG